AUGGAUGAAAUAUUUUUUCACAUUUCACGUCAUUUUGAAAACUUGCAAAUUUAUUUAACAUCUUGUCUGCAGCAAGGUAGAUAUUUAGCAAUCUCACUUAGUGAUGAAUUAUCAGUUCAAAUUCAACAAAUAUGGAAUCAAUCAUGGAGCAAUCAAUUAAAUAACACAUUUAGAAAUUUAAUUACAUUAAUUAGAAAUGCCACACGACAAUGUUCGACUGUUUUGGCACAACCAAAUCAAAUGUAUUCUCAACUCGCCGAACUUGCAACAGUUGAGAUGCCUGUUUUUUAUCCUGGUAGUGCAGGAUUUAUUGUCGGUGCUGCUUUCGGUCUCCUGUUGGGAUUAUCUUGGAAUCAGGGUGUGAUUCCUGGACAAAGAAUGAAAGCAGUAGUUUGUAUGGCUUAUGAUGGUUUAGAUGCCUUAUCUUGUAUUGAUGAUGCUAUUAUACCUACAGUAAUGAAACCUCAACAGAUUUUAAUUCAAGUCAAAGCUGCAUCAAUCGAUAUAAUAGAUAUAAAAAUAUCUUGCGGAUUUGGAAGAUUUUUAAGAAAAAAUUUUUACUCAGAUUCGAAAAAUGAAUUGCCCAUAACUUUGGGUCGGGAUUGUUCCGGUGUAAUCGUUGAAAUUGGACCAAAAGUAAAUAAAUUUGAAAUUGGGGAUAAUGUAUGGGUGGCAGUUCCGUUUUGGUGUUCUGGAACGCUGGCUGAAUACAUUAUAGCUAAUGAAAACAUGGUGUCUAAAAUGCCUAGUCACAUUAGUUUCGAAGAAGCAUCAUCUUUACCCUAUUCAGGUUGUUUAGCCUAUAACGCAUGCGUGAGAGCGGGAAUAGUUGAAAACGAUAACGAAAAAAAUAAAAAACGAGUCUUAAUUUACUCAGGUGUCAGUCCUGUGGGAUGCAUAGCUUGUCAAUUAGCUAAAUAUUACAAUUGGGAAGUGACCGUUACGUGUUUGGCCAAAGCAGAUCCCGUUGCGAAAAAAUUAAAAGCGGAUAAAGUGGUGGCAUAUGAAAAUAUUCAAAUGGAAAACGAACUAUUACAAGACCAAUUCGACGUCGUGUUAAAUACCGUCGGGGGUGUUACGCACGAAUCGUGUUUGAAAUUAUGUAAACCCGAGGGAUUAGUCGUGUCCACGGUUCCCGAACACAUGUACAAUGACAAUUUUAAAUUUCCAUGGUCGUUAUUUCAAACGGUCGCUGUGAAAAUAAAAUGCUUGUGGAAGAAAGUUUUUGGAAAUGUCAACGAGUGGGAUGAUUUUAAUAUAUCAGCCGAAACUUUGGACAAAUUAAGAAUUUUAGUUGAAAAAGGUUAUUUAUUACCUGUCGUCGAUGAAGUGUACGAGCCGCAUGAUGUGAUAAGAGCUUUGCAACAUUGCGAUUCGGUUGAAGCCAUUGGUAAAACGGUUAUAAGAUUUAGGUAA